GGCUCGCUAAGUUUUCCUACCAUCUUCCAACCUGCGCGGAUUAGUUAUGGACUCUCGUGAAAUGAAGUACUUAAUAUAAGUUUAGUCAGGUUACGAGGCGCGUAGCGUGCUUCCCCCUAUACAUUCUUCUACACACAAACCUGAAGGCUUGUAUUUAGAACUUCAUCUGCCAGAUGUCGCUCGUCUCCCACAACUUUCCAAACUUCCAUUUAACUUGGACAAAAAAAUUGCAUCUCUCUCUCCCGAUCUCUCUUAAUCGUAGCACAGCUGAUCCAUUAAUGUCACAUGCGGUAAUCAGCUAUACAUUGCUGGAUAUGAAAUAACAACUGCGAGGAAACGGUAUAUGCACUUUGGAGUUGUUACUCGUAUGCAGUUAUAAUAAAAAUCAAACCGUUCCUUCUACUGUAUUAUGUACAGUACAUACAAUACAUAGUGAAGUGUUUAAGAGAAUAAAUGUAUGAAUAAAAUUGUUCGUUGAUAUUAGAUGGGUUCGAGAUACGAAAAAUAGCGGAUAUCGACAAAGAAAAGUAUAAACUAUACGAACCAUAUCCGUUGGCUUCUCAUCAUCAGUCCCGAUUAUUGUUCAACUAUAGCCAGCGGUUAUGGUAUAUUUAUCGAGUGUUUGGGGUAUGGGAGAGACUAAAUCGGAGUGUCAGAAUACAAAUAGUUCUUCCUCCUUUUUACAAGAAAAUGACGAAGAAGUUGCAUUGUUGCCACUUAAGAAUCAGGUUGGUGGACAUACAAGAUUACUUUUACUCAAUCAAAAUACUAUUUGCAAGCCAUUAAACUGCAAGGAACUUGAUUUCUAUCAAAACAUUCCACAAGAUAUACAAAUUUUUGUUCCAACAUUUAAAGGGGUACUUCAAGCUUCCAAUAGCGGCGAGAUCACAUUGGAUAAACGUUACAGUCCUAGCUUCAGAGAACAAGAUAAUAGACAGGGACACGGCUCGACUAAAAGGAAACGAGACGACGUGUUGAGGAUGAAAAUUCAUCGUGAUAACACUUUAACAGGAUUACUGAAACCAGACUCAAAUUUGGACAAUGCAUCGAACAGACAAUAUUUCCUUCUGUUGGAAAAUAUAACAUCUCAAUACACUCAUCCAUGUAUAUUGGAUCUAAAAAUGGGAACCAGACAGCACGGAGACGAUGCAUCUGCCGAAAAACGAAGUAAACAAAUUGCAAAGUGUGCUGCUAGCACAUCAGCCUCUUUGGGUGUUAGACUGUGUGGAAUGCAGGUGUACCAAGCAGAUAGCAAUCAUUAUGUGAAAAAAGACAAGUAUUGGGGCAGAGAAUUGAACGAAGAAGGUUUCAAAGCAGCGUUGUAUCGCUUUUUUCACAAUGGUUUUUGCUUACGAACAUUAGUUAUCGAAAAAGUGGUGUCUCGGUUAGAACAAUUACGACAUGCCAUCGAAAGGCAAAGCAGCUAUCGAUUUUACUCGUGUUCGUUAUUAGUUGUUUACGAGGGUUGUCAAACGGACGACGACGACGACGACGACGACGACGACGACGACUCGUCGGGGCACGAUCGAUCUUCGACCACUUUACGGAUGGAAGAAGAAUCAAGCGAUUCUAGUUUCAUCGAUCCUAAUAGUCCUAAUAGUUCGGAAGCUUGUUACGAUGGUGACACAAGUAAUAGUUCCACAGACUAUAAUGUUUCGAUUCAAGAAGAAAUCAGCCGAACGACUUUGCAAAAGGAACUUGACGGAACAACCGCUAGAGAUGGCAAAAAUAUAACGAAUUUUUAUCCUACAAGGUUUGUCAUCAAAUUAUUUUUCUUCUUUUAUUGGCAAAUGAUGUUGGUUCACAUUUAUGGAAAAGAAAGAUGGCUCGUUCCAUUUCGACUCGGCGAUCAGAGGUUUUUAUUACUUGCACUACUUGUAAAUUUCCAAAGGAUCUAUUUUUUCGAUUGAAAGCAAAAAUAAAAGAGUGCAAGAUUAUUUUUUCUUUCUUCAGACGCUCGAGUCGGUAUGGAAUGGCCGAAAUUAAAUUCCUAACGUUGCGAUGUUCCGAAAGUAAAAUUGAUAAAAACAGUCGUUGAACAUUAAACCUUUGUCUUUAUUCGUCCGUUUAUGUAUUUAUUUAUUUCUCUACUGAUUUAUAUUCAUUAAUCAACUGUUUUACUUAUUUAGCUAUCUAUUUCUUUGUUUCUGUAUUUACAUAUAUUUAUUUCGAUGUAUUGCAACAGUAGGAAUCUAAUAAAGAGGUAAACGUUACUACCUUUGGUAGUAACAUAACAUAACGUAAUAAUAAUAAUAAUAAUAAUAACAACAACAACAACAACAACAACAACAGCAGCAACAAUAACAGCAAUAAUAACAAGAAUGAAAUUGGAAUCAAUAUACAUUCAGGGUGUCUCAUCUAAACUGUUACAGAGCUCUUAUUGUUGAUAUGGAAAAAGGGGGUCUAUGUUAUGGCCGAAGUGAAAAAUCUUUUGCAUUAUGUUUUUUAAAUGGAACCAUAGAUAUAUGGUUUCAUUUAAAAAACAAAACUUGACCAUCAUAUCUGUUAAACUAAUGAUGAUAUCAACAAUUUUUUGUAUCAUGAAUAGUUACGGAAUAAGAGGUUCGUAACAGUUUAGAUGAGACACCCUGUUAUACUUAACCCUCCGAUAUUUUGGAAAAAAAACCAAAGAAAAUAAAUCAUGUUAAGCGUGUUAAGCGCAGAAUCUUCUCAUUCUUGUUUCUUUUUCUUCUUUGUGUAUUAGAUGACAUACUCCAUCAGACAAUUGGAGGGUUAUUUGUUACAAUGAUUCCUAAAUAUUAUAUAUCUAGUUUACAUCGAACACAGCUUUUGUUAAAAA